UUUAGCAGCAGUCAGAUGGUGGUAUGCUUCCGAGAGAAGCAAUCCGUUCGGUCCAUUAUUGCGAAAGGAAAAGGGGCGGCGAUAGAGGAAGAAGAGACAUGGCAUCUAAAGACAUAACAGCCUCUUGUUUCGUCAGCGUGAGCAGGGAUAUUACAGAGAGUAUCAGGAAGAUUGUUGACAAGUCAUCCAUCAAGUUUAUACGCGGCAUUAAGCUUGACACCAAAAAUGGCAAGUCAGAGGACCGGAUACUGGUCCUCACAACAUGGAGACUCUAUUUCCUGACAGCCAAGGUUCCGACAAAGAUUGAGGUGACAUUUAACUUCUUGGAGAUCCGAGCCAUGAACAGUCACCCAGAGUUUCAGGUCGUCAUAGACUUGGACAAGUCCACUUAUUCCCUGAGGCUUCAGUCACGUGACCACCUCAGUCAUGUGGUCAGCCACGUUAACUUUGCCCUGUCCAGAAUAUUCAACAACUCUGUUUUCUCUCCCUCCAUCUGUCAUUCAGACAGUGACCUUUCUGAGGGAAGCAGGAAGUACUCCCCCAGCUCAGAGACAUCUGUGGAAACCCAGAGGGCCUGUGGAGGGUUUUCCGAGACCUACGCUGCCCUGUGUGACUACAAUGGAAUCAGCUGCAAGGAGGAAGUGCAGUGGGAUGUGGACACUAUAUAUCACUCUCAAGACAACAGGGAGUUUAACCUAGUGGACUUCAGCCACCUGGAGAGCAGGGACUUGGCAGUGAUUGUGGCCUCAAUGGCAUACAACACCUGGUUCACCAAACUAUACUGUAAGGACCUACGCAUAGGGUCAGAGGUCAGUGAGCAGGUUUUGCAUACACUCAGUAAGUCCUCCAGUCUGGAAGAGCUCACUCUGGAGAAUGCUGGUCUCAAAUCUGACUUUGCGCAGAAGCUGUCAAUUGCACUCUCAGAGAACCCUGCUUCUGUCAUCCACUCUCUGAACUUGGCACACAACACAUUGGACAACCAAGGUGUGUCUAACCUCAUCCAGCAGGUGUGUCGUCUCAGCAAAGGACUGCGUCUCCUCAACCUCUCCAAGACCUCCCUUAACUCCAAAGGUGUGGUGUCUCUGUCUCAGGCUCUGUGCUCCAGUGAUGAGUAUUCCAACUCUCUACUGCACCUGGACCUGAGCAAGAACCCUGGGGUCCUGUCUGGGGAGGACGCUUCGAAUCUGUACCUUUUCCUUUCCCAGCCUAAUUGUCUGGUCCAUUUGGACCUGUCUGACACUGACUGUGCUGUUGACUCUCUAUUUGGGGCUCUGCUGAGGGGGUGUUGUGCUGAUCUCUCCUACUUGAAUCUCUCCAAAAAUUCCUUCUCACACAGGAAAGGGAAGGAGACCCUGCCGUUGUUCCGUCAGUUCUUCAGCUCGGCCUUCAGUCUCACCCAUGUCAGCCUGGCCUCUAUGAAGCUACCCCCUGAUGCCCUGAGGUCUCUUUUCAUAGGAUUGACCACAAACCCUCACAUUAAUGACCUUCACCUGGACAUCAGUGGCUGUGAGCUGAAAUCUGCAGGAGCUGCUGUGAUCCAGGAGCUGUUCCCCAGAGUCUCCUCCAUCGCCACCCUGGACAUCUCUGACAACGGGCUGGAUGCAGACCUUCUCGCAGUCCUACCAGCUCUCUCCAGACACACCUCCCUAAAGCACCUGUAUCUGGGCAAGAACUUCAACAUCAAGAGCAGCAGGGUGCUGGAGGAAAUCCUACAGAAGCUGGUCCAACUCAUACAGGAGGAGGAAUGUGCCCUCCAGUCCCUCUCCCUGGCUGACUCGCGGCUGCGUUCUCGCGGUACAGUGCUAGUAAAUGCUCUGGGUAGUAACACCUGCCUGCGUAAGGUGGACCUGAGUGGGAACAGCCUGGAGGACAUUGGAGCCAAGAUGCUGAGCAAAGCCCUACAGAUCAACACCACACUCAGGAGUGUGACGUGGGAUCGUAACAACACCUCAGCUACAGGAUUCCUGGAUGUGGCUCGAGCCCUUGAACAUAACUUCACAUUGCAGUACAUGCCCCUCCCACUCAGUGACAUCAGCCAGGCGUACCGUAGCGCCCCUGAGAGGACAGAGCAGGCACUGACCAAGAUCCAGCGUGCUCUGCUGAGGAACAACCAGACUCAGCGCUUCUCUCAGAGACAGGCUCUACGGCUGCACCAGGGCCUGGUCACCAGCACUGCUGAACAGGUGAUGGAGCGUCUGUGUGUGCGUGUGCAGCAGCAGGUGUGUGUGCUGCGUGGAGUUGGGGAGAUGGAGGAGAUUCAAGCUGCUAAACAAGUGCUGAAGGAGGCCAGGAACUCUCGCGCGCUGUACCCCUCCCUCUGUGAGCUAGCUCAUGUGCUGUCAGUAGAUGGGCCAGUCAGACAGAGACUGGACUCACUGGCAGGAGAACUGGCCAAGGCAGCCGACAAGGAACUACAGGUGAUAGUUGACUCCAUGGUGUCUCUCUGUCGUGAGCUGUGCCCGCUGUCCUCCUCUGCAGCAGAGAGAUUGAGUCCUCCGCUCUCGUCCGUCUCUGAGCGUGUGUCCAUCCCUCGCUCAGCCAUCCGUACGGCCCUGAUGGAGCGAGCAGCUCAGGACAUCCACCGCGCUGGAGUGAAGCUCUCAGUGGUUUCCUAUCUCACCAACUCCAUUGUGGAUCAGAUCUUGCAGGAGCUCUACGCCACUCAAAAGACCCUGACGCGUCAGGUGUCCCAGGUGAAGCGUUGGGAGGGGACAUGUGAUGGAGGGACAGGCCGGAGGUCACACAGACACAGAGACUCUCUGGACAUCACAGACGAGGAGCUGGGCACCAGCAUAGACACAAUUGCCAUUAAAAAGCACAGCUCUAGAACUAGACGAAUACGACCCGUUUCAACCAGACUGAGCCUGUGUGAUGACUCCAGCUCCUCCCCGCCCCCCUCUACGUCCUCUUCUUUCUCAGCCCUCUCUCGCUCCGCAUCCUGUGAGGGGCUGUCUGAACUCCCUACCCAGGGUGCACCUCUACAUCAUGUGACGCGGGUUAGGCCAAGGCCCCCACGGAGGCACCGAGCAGGACACGCCCCCUCUGACACACAUUGCACAGAAAACGGAGCUGUCACUCCUCUUGAUGAUGGACUCCCAGAUUUCUACUCCAAGAGAGUUCUCCCUGAUAGUCAGUUGUCCUCUCUCCAUAAAGCCCACUCUCUCAGGCGAAAGAAAAGACGCAAUAUGCUGGCCAUCUUUGGUUUCCGUAGGAACCGCAACUCAACGCUCUCCAAUCAGGGGCCAGAGUCUGGCGGAGAUGGGUGUGGGGAGGAGUGUCACACUGUUGCCACGGCACCCACAGGGACAGCCACUGAGAAUGUCUACACGCUGCUGCAGCCCCCUCGUUCUGCUGCCAGGGCCUGCUCUCCUGGUGAGGGGGCUGAUGGGAAGGUGGAGGACCAGAGGGGGGAGGAGCCAGUAGGCCUGAGCCUGCAGCCAGUGCAGAGCAUACCACCACAGCCUGGCAUGCCGGGCAGCAGACACCCCUUCUACUCACCCAGCCAGCCAUCAAAGCUAGAGACAGCGCACGAGCAACCUGCAGAUACUGACAGACAUUGGUCAGAGGACAGACAGGUGGACAGACAGUGGACAGAGGGGCUUCACACAGACAGAGAGAGGACAUUAAUAAGACCGGCUGACAGACACUCUGACCGGCACUGGACCGAGGACAAACUGUCAGACAAAACAUGGACAGAGGGAAGAACAGCAGAGAGACAGAUGGACAGAUAUUGGACAGAGAGCAGGCAUGCAGAUAGACACAUGGAAAGACAGUGGACAGUUGACAGACACACACAGAGACAGAUCGACAGACAGUUUGAUCGAGAUAGACAGUGGACGGUGAGCAGACAACAGACAGACAGAAAAUGGGCAGAGGGACGACCGACAGACAUACAGAUAGACAGACAGUGGAUAGAGAGCAGACAGUCAGGGAGACAGUCUGACAGACAAGCCCAGGGACAGCAUCUAGCUCAGAGGCCUCUGCCCCCUUACCCAUCAGACAGGACUCCAUCACCUAAAAGUGAGACUGACUCCCAGAAAAACAUGGAGGCAACCGUGGACCGACAGAAGUACUCUGACACACAGACGGACAGACAUCUGCACUCAGACACUGCUGUAGGACAGGUGGAAGGGUGGAGGGGUGGAGGAGGGGUUCCCCCUGGACGGGUUUCUAUGAAUGCAUCUAAACCAGACCCUCCUCCCCAGAGCAGCAAACCCAACCAGUCCAAACUGAGACAGAGACAUCUACCGGAGAGCUCUGGUGCAGAGGAGGAAGCAGACGGAGAUAGGAAUGGUGGAAGAAUGGAAAGGAAAGAGAGAGAUAGAGGCAGAGAUGCAGAGGGACAGCCACCUCCCAUUCCUGAAAAGCCAAAGACAUCCUAUGUGUCUUCUCCAAUUGAGUAUGCCAAUGAAAGGCCUAUCCCACAUCUUGCACCAUCUGCAUUCAACAAGCCAGUGCUGGGAUUGGCUGACAGGGCUUUCAGUCAAGGUGAGGAAGCAGUGAGACCUCAGGCCCCAGUGAAACCCCAGAGGAACAGAAAGGCUAUGUCUUGUGACACAGACAGCGUCAACUCAGCGUCUGUUAACAGCGAGCUGUUGUAAUGUCCAUGGAAUUAAGCUGCUUCAGACCAACCAGCCAGAGGGUUGUCAUGACAACUGGGCAGCAUUUUGUCCGACGUGGAAGAGGAGAAAUAUGCGAGGGAGAAACGAGACUCUAGAGAGAGGGGACACACGAAUACAGAGAGAGAGGGGGAGGGGAAGAUAAAUGUCUUCGAGUGCAAAAUGAUACGGACAUCACUAAGCAUAACUUACCUACUGCUGUAUUAUUGGAACACACACAUGCUAUUCCUAGUCGGUCUCUGUCUGUCCCUUGCCCUCACUGUCUGCUUUCCUGUCAUCUCAAUGGAAACCUGCUGAACUGUUUUGCAGCUAUUCGAAUGGUGUUUGCUACUUUUGAAAAUCUACUGAAUUGUUGUCUGCACUUAAAAAAAUUGCUAAAACACUGUCAUGCUAUAAUGCUAAGGGGCCAAACAUUGGAGCAUUUUUAUUAUCAUUAUUGAGAGUUACACUUUAUUUUGUAUUAUUAUUGUUUAUGUAAACUAAGCUAUGUGGCUAAGCUCGACUAAAGAAAGGAAUGUGUCUAUUAGAAUGUUAUUUCUAAAUCCGCAAUGCAAUUUGACUGCUGUGAACGUUGAUUGCCAUGGUUGAAACUUGAAAAUGAGUUGUUGCUUAUUAUUAAAUGAAAUAUUUAUAUCUAGUUCUGCUUUCAUGGACUGAAAGGUAAUAUAUUUUAUAGAAAAAUGAAUAGUAUACCCUAUGAAUGAAUAAAAAUGCUGUACUGGAA